UUCCUCCUAGGCAGCCCCUUCCCCCUGGGCAGCCCCUCUUGGCGCGGCCGAUCCCGGCCGAGGGACGGUGCGGGAGGGGAAAUUUGCCUGAAACCACGUACAGGCCGCUCGGGGUGGCCCUGCUCUCCCAGGGCAGGGCCGUCCCCUUUCUCGGGCCUGUCCCGGGCAGGGCAGGUGCCGAGCAGGACCGUGGAAGCGCCUCGGAGUGCUGGACCGAAGCUUUUGUUCGUGCAGGAGAACUGCAGGGAUGAGAAGGUGACAGGUCACGGGAAAUAAUGUAAAUAAAAGAUGAUGUGGCGAUAGUACGGAUGAGUUUGAGGGAAGUCUUUUAAGGAGGCUUUAAAAUAGAGAGUUGGCGUAUAAGAGAAAAGACGAGCCCUAAGGGAACUACUAUGGAACCUUGGCAGCCUUGUAGGUUUGGAAGGCUUAAAUCCAAGUUCGGAAAGGCCUUUUCCAGUCCAGAUGAUUUGCUGGCUGAAGCGCUUAAUUAGGAUGGCUUUUGAACAAAUUGGAUUGAACAUGGAUUCAAUGCUUUGGUCAAGAAAGCCUUAUGGUUCAUCUCGGAGUAUUGUAAGAAAAAUUGGUACUAACCUCUCUCUUAUACAGUGUCCAAGAGUUCGCUUUCAGCUUAUGUCUCAUGUCACGGAAGGAAGCAGUCCUGCUCAACUCAGAGAAGAUGCUGUGGCCUCCUUUGCUGAUGUGGGAUGGAUUGCUGAAGAAGAAGGUGAAGUCUCUACAAGGCUCAGAUCAGAAGUUUGGUCAAAAACAACCCAGCCUCUUCCAGGCGAAGCACAUCCUUCCAGGAAGUCCCCACACAGACAAACGUCCUUGCAAAGCCCGUCAGGAGAGGAACCAGUGCCCAGGAGUGCGGUGAUGGCAAACGAAGAAGCACUACAGAAGAUCAGCGCCCUAGAAAAUGAACUGGCCUCUUUAAGAGCACAAAUAGCCAAAAUUGUAACCUUGCAAGAACAGCAGAACUUGACAACAGUUGGGUCAAGUCCACUUGCUUCAGCUGCUGUCCCUGUUCCGCCACCACCGCCGCCACCACCUCCUCCUCCUCUGCCUCCACCCCCUCCCUCAGGUCUGGAUCAGAGUAAGUCUGCAAUUGAUCUCAUUAAAGAGAGGAAAAACAAAAAAAUGAACGCUGGCCAGAAUGUGGUGGAAAACGGCCCAAAGAAGCCUGAAGUACCAAACAUGCUAGAAAUCCUCAAAGACAUGAACAGCGUGAAACUGCGCUCGGUAAAAAGACCCUUAGAAGGUACAAAAUCUAAAGUGUCUCAGCCUGCAGAUCCUGCAUCAUUAAUAGCAGAAGCUCUCAAAAAGAAAUUUGCUUAUCGAUACCGAAAUGAUAGCCAAGAAACAGAAAAAGUGAUUCCAAAGGCUGAAACAAAGACACAGACUGAGGUGCUGUUUGGACCACACAUGCUGAAGUCUACAGGAAAAAUGAAGACUUUAAUUGAAAAAUCUUAGUGUUAAAGAUUAUUCUGCAAAAGACUGUUAAGCUGCUUUGUAUAAAAUAUUUUAUGUUGCAAAUAGCACUAGUACUGAGCGGUCUCUUUCUUACAGCACAGAAAGACCUAAUGUGAAAUGUAGAAAUGAGGCACUAAACAUGUUUGUAUGUAUGUGAUUUAUCAGGGGGAAUAAAUUGGACCAUUAUACUCAGGUAUUAAUUUUAUAUCCCAGCCUGGCUUUCCACUCAGAUUUAUGUGAUGGGUUUGGUUUUUUAACACUAAGUUAUAUAUACAACAUUUUUUGUGCAUAACUGACCAACUUAAACAUUUGUGUACAUGUUAUUAAUGACGGUGAUACACCCUUAAGUUAAUACCAGUUUUACGUGAGCUCUACCUAUAAUUUGCACUACAGUGUGUAAUUUGAUACUGAAA